AGAUUGCGGUUUUUAUCGCCUCUGAAAUAUUUUCAAAAGUGCCACUGCAGUCCACUUGAGAUAGCGUGCUUUUGAGUCUGUUUGUUUGUACUUGCGUGUUGCCGACAAUGUUAGGCUUGAGUGGAAAACGUGUUUGGGGUGGUUUAAAUUUGGGGAAGUUCUGUAGGGGGCUGUCCAGGUUUGACAAAAUCGUUGUUAGUGACGAGGUUAGGGGUGCGUUGAGCGAGAAUAAGCCCGUGGUGGCCCUUGAGUCCACCAUCAUUACGCAUGGCAUGCCGUUCCCCCAAAACGUUAAGUGCGCUUUGGAGGUGGAGGAGGUCGUGAGGAGUCAGGGUGCCAUUCCUGCGACUGUGGCGAUAAUUGAAGGUCGGGUCAGGGUCGGCCUCGACGAAAACGAAACCCGGCGACUGGGCGACGUCGAGCGGAGCCGGCCCAUCAAAACGUCUCGGCGGGACCUCGCCUACGUCGUCAGCCAGGGCCGGAACGGGGGCACCACCGUCUCGGGGACCAUGCUCGUGGCCGCGCACGUGGGGAUACCCGUCUUCGCGACAGGAGGCAUCGGCGGCGUGCACCGCGGCGGCGAGUCCACCCUCGACGUGUCCGCCGACCUGACCGAGCUGGGCCGCAGCAGCGUCGCCGUCGUCUCCAGCGGCGUCAAAUCGAUCCUCGACGUCCCCAGGACGCUCGAAUACCUCGAAACUCAAGGAGUGUUCGUCGCCGCGUUCGCUGGCGGGAAGGAUUUCCCUGCGUUUUACAGCAGGAAGAGCGGCUGCCAGGCUCCCUACGCGGUACAAACCGCACAGGAGGCGGCGGAGAUAAUUCAUUGCAAUCGGAGGCUGAAUUUGCGAUCCGGCAUGCUUUUUGCCGUACCUGUCCCGGAAAAAUACGCGAUGAAGGAAGAGGUUAUAAAUGGUGUUAUAGAAGAGGCGCUGGAGGAGGCGGGGAGGAGGGGCGUCGGGGGGAAGGAGAUAACUCCGUUUUUGUUGGGGCGGAUCGGGGAGAUCACUGCAGGGAAGUCUUUGGAGACGAACAUCGCCCUCAUCAAGAACAAUGCCGAAACUGCCGCUUGUAUCGCCGUGGAACUGGCCAAGUUGAAUACCGGCGGCCCCUCGGAGAGCGCCAGGGAUGAAGUUAACGACGCGCCAGCUCCGGUGGUGAUCGGGGGUUCCAACCUGGACUGCUCGGUGAAGCUACAGGUGGAGGAAAUCAAGCUGGACGGGCGCAUCCACUUCGGCAAAUCCCUGAUGACUGGCGGCGGCGUGGCUCGAAACAUCUGCGAGUCACUUUCGAAAUUAGGCUGCCGCCACGUGUUUAUAUCGGUGAUCGGGAACGACCCCCAAGGGAACAUUCUGAAAAAUUUCAUCCCGCAGGAUAACCUGGAGCGGGUGAAGGUGCUGGAGGACCGCAACACGGGCCAGUGCACGGUCGUGUUGGACCGCAACGGCGAGUGCAAAUUCCUGGCCGGCGACAUGGAAAUCCACCAACAUAUCACGCCGGAAAUGAUUCUCGAGCACGAACAAGUCAUCGCAAAAUCGCCCCUAAUCGUGUUCGACGCAAAUCUGAGCAUUCCCACCAUAGAAACAAUCCUGAAGCUUGCCAAUCACCACAAUAUACCCGUUUUGUUCGAACCGACGGAUUUCGAGGUUUCGGUCAAGCCGUUCCAGACGGAGCACUGGGGGGCUAUCAAGUUCAUCACGCCGAAUGUGCACGAGCUGAGGCACAUAGCGGAGCAUUUUGGGGUUCUUCCAAAACGGAAAUACGAUAAUAGGGUGCAGGAGGUGGUUGCUGUAGCGUCGAAAUUGGUGGAGUUCGUGGACACUAUAAUUGUCACUUUGGGGGUUGAUGGGGUGAUUGUGGCACGAAAGGGGGCUGCAACAGAGUCGCUGCUUUCGCAGAACGGGGGCGACUUGCAAAUCAGACAGUACGUGGGGGAUAGGAGCACGAAGGUGGUUAGUGUAAGCGGGGCUGGCGAUAAUUUAGCCAGUGGGAUUAUAGCGGGGAUGUUGGAUGGGUUGAGCGAGGAGGAGAGUGUCUCGGUGGGGCUGUGCGCGGCUGAGUACACCAUAGGGGCGCCAGGGCCAGUGCCUCCGAAGCUCUUUGGGAAAAAUCACCCCGCGUGGAGGACGAAGGCGGCCUACAGAACUUUGAUGUAAGUUACAAGGGAGAUUUUAUACAAGGUUUUAUAUUUUAUUAAUAAACGUACGAUUUGAACGUGUUUUAUUUUAUAA